CGCCCCGCGGCCUCCGCGCCCCUCCCUGCGCGCUCAGGGUGGCUCAGAGGCUGCUGCGGGCGGGCGGGUGCGCGGAGGGCCGGUACCCCGCAGCAGGUGGGCGGGGUGCGGGCGGCGGUGGCGUCUGGGCCGGGGGCUGCCGGCUGCGCUCUGGCGGUGUGCGGCGGCCGUGAGGGCGCGCCAUGGACUUCAACAUGAAGAAGCUGGCGUCGGACGCGGGCAUCUUUUUCACCCGGGCGGUGCAGUUCACAGAGGAGAAGUUUGGCCAGGCUGAGAAGACUGAGCUUGAUGCCCACUUUGAAAACCUUCUGGCCCGGGCAGACAGCACCAAGAACUGGACAGAGAAGAUCCUGAGGCAGACAGAAGUGCUGCUGCAGCCCAACCCCAGUGCCCGGGUGGAGGAGUUCCUGUAUGAGAAGCUGGACAGGAAGGUCCCCUCACGGGUCACCAACGGAGAGCUGCUGGCACAGUACAUGGCAGAGGCGGCCAGUGAGCUGGGGCCCACCACCCCCUAUGGGAAGACGCUGCUCAAGGUGGCAGAAGCUGAAAAGCAGCUGGGAGCCACGGAGAGGGAUUUUAUCCACACGGCCUCCAUCAGCUUCCUCACACCCCUGCGCAACUUCCUGGAGGGGGACUGGAAGACCAUCUCGAAGGAGAGGCGGCUCCUCCAAAACCGGCGUCUGGACUUGGAUGCCUGCAAAGCGAGGCUGAAGAAGGCCAAGGCCGCAGAAGCCAAAGCCACGUGUGAGGGAGAUACGGUGCCUGACUUUCAGGAGACUAGACCUCGUAAUUACAUUCUCUCGGCCAGCGCCUCCGCGACAGGGUUUCACCAUGUUGGUCAGGCUGGUCCACCUCUCCCUCUUGCUUGUCACCACUGCUGCACCUUGUCUCUGCCCUCUCUCUCUCUCCUUCCUGCCCUGGGGGAGACCCUCACCUCUAUUCUCUGGAACGAUGAAGUGGACAAGGCUGAGCAGGAGCUCCGUGUGGCCCAGACAGAGUUUGACCGGCAAGCAGAAGUGACCCGUCUUUUGCUGGAGGGAAUCAGCAGCACUCACGUGAACCACCUGCGCUGCCUCCAUGAGUUUGUCAAGUCUCAGACAACCUACUAUGCACAGUGCUACCGCCACAUGCUGGACUUGCAGAAGCAGCUGGGCAGCUCCCAGGGCACCAUAUUUCCAGGCACCUUCGUGGGCACCACAGAGCCCACCUCGCCACCCCUGAGCAGCACCUCACCCACCACUACUGCAGCCACUAUGCCUGUGGUGCCCUCGGUGGCCAGCCUGGCCCCUCCGGGGGAGGCCUCGCUCUGCCUGGAAGAGGUGGCCCCCCCUGCCAGUGGGACCCGAAAAGCUCGGGUGCUCUAUGACUACGAGGCAGCUGACAGCAGUGAGCUGGCCCUGCUGGCUGAUGAGCUCAUCACUGUCUACAGUCUGCCUGGCAUGGACCCUGACUGGCUCAUUGGCGAGAGAGGCAACAAGAAGGGCAAGGUCCCUGUCACCUACUUGGAACUGCUCAGCUAGGCAGAUUCCCUCCCAGGCCCCCCUGCCCCCAUUCUGGCCUGGGCAGGAAAGGAUGGCACAGCCCUGCCACUUACCUUGUUCGUUGGUGACACAGCUGCUCAGGGUGGGAAGAAUUCACCCCAUUCUGUCCCUGCCCCUGGUCACCUAGCUGUGAGGGUGUCUGAGGCUGAAUGGCCCCCACCCCUCCCCUAGCCCUGCUUUUGACCUGUGGCUCUGGAGCCCCCACCCCUGCCUGCAUCCCCCAGCGCCUCACCCUCCCGGCUCUACCAAGGAGGGAGGGACUGGCUGCAGCAGCUGCACUCAGCACCUAGGCCAGGGUGGGGCCGCCGCAGGAAGCCCCGAGUGCACUCAGCUAGAGCCCUGCCUUGCAGUUGCCAAAAGCUGCAGCAGGGGAAUGCGGCAAGGCACACAGGGCUCUGGCAGCCCCUGGGGACUGCGCACUGCCCCUGGGAGGGGAGAGCCUGGCCAGGGCUGGUGUUGGGCCCGGAGCAGCAUCUUCCGGUGCUAUCCUCCCCUCCCACCCCUCACAGCUCAAGCCAAGUCUGGUGGCCGCAGCCUCCAUCUCUCUACACUCACUUUUUAUCUGCUGUUUUUACUUCUGCCUGUUUGCUUUCUAGCCAAUAAAGCCUCCUCGUGUGCGAGUUA